AUGAAUUUAUUCAUCAUUAUUUUGAGUUUGAUUUUAUUUCAUGAAUAUUAUAUAUAUGGAUUAGAUGCUGAAGAAUUAAAUGGUAUUGAUGUAUUAACGCAAUUAAAAAAUACAUCACCAAAUUGUGAUCUUGGUGAUUUUCUUAGAAAUCGUAAUGAAUCUAAAUUAUUACAUGAUGAUCUAAGCAAAUAUUGUUCAUUAUCAGAUGCAGAAAAACAAUAUAGAAUAUUAUGUCAUAUGCUUUCAUGUGAACUUGAAAUAGGUUGCAGACUUUCAACUGAACGACGUCCUUCAAAAGCUUUAUAUGCAAUUCAAACAUCAUCUAAACAAAUAUGUGGUAAAGCCAAAAUACAAAUGACCAAUAAAUGGAUAUGGAAUAAAAUAACAAACGAUGGACAAAAACAAAUUGGUGUCGAAUCAAAUGCUUUAUGUCCUAAAGUUACAAGUGAUACUGAUGUACUUCGAUUAGCAAGAUUUUUUUAUCAAAUUGCACCAUUGAUUAGAACUGCUGAUUUAUCUAAAACAAAUAAAGCUAAACUUCAUUCAAAUACAAAUAAUGUUUUAAAAGAAUCACCUUCGCAAGAUAUAAAGAAUACCAAAGAAACUAUUGUUAAUGAAGCACAAACAGAUAAAGAAAAAACACAACAAUCCUCUCGCAUAAAUACAAAAAAAACUGAUGAUGCUAUCGAUGGAUUGAAAGAAAAGACUUCUCAAAUUGCACAAGAACAAAAAGAUAAGACUGGUCAAGCUGCCGAAGAACAAAAAGACAAGGCCGGUGAAGAUAAAAAAGAGAAGACGGCUCAAACUGGUGAAGGCACAAAAGACAAGGCUGAUGAAAGUGCUAAAGACAAGACUAGUGAAGGUACAAAAGAAAAGAAUAUUCAAACUGGUGAAGGCACAAAAGAAAAGACUGUUCAAAUUGGUGAAGGCACAAAAGAAAAGACCGUUCAAACUGGUGAAGAUGCAAAAGACAAGACUAGUGAAGGUACAAAAGAAAAGACUGCUCAAACCGGUGAAGGUGCAAAAGACAAGGCUGAUGAAGGUAUAAAAGAAAAAUCUAUUCAAGUUGGCGAAGGCACAAAAGAAAAGACUAGUCAAGUUGCAGAAGAAUCAAAAGACAAGGCUGGUGAAGGUGCAAAAGAAAAGACUGCUCAAACUGGUGAUGGUACAAAAGUUAAGGCUGAUGAAGGAACAAAAGAAAAGACUGUUCAAGCUUCAGAAGAAUCAAAAGAUAAGGCUGGUGAAGAUAAAAAAGAGAAGACGACUCAAACUGGUGAAGGCACAAAAGACAAGACCGAUGAAGGAACAAAAGAAAAGACUAUUCAAACUGAUGAAGGCAAAAAAGACAAGACCGAUGAUGGUACAAAAGAAAAAACUGCUCCAACUGGUGAAGGCACAAAAGACAAGACCGAUGAAGGAACAAAAGAAAAGACUGUUCAAACUGAUGAAGGCAAAAAAGACAAGACCGAUGAUGGUACAAAAGAAAAAACUGCUCCAACUGGUGAAGGCAAAAAAGACAAGACUGAUGAAGGAACAAAAGAAAAGACUGUUCAAACUGGUGAAGGCAAAAAAGACAAGACCGAUGAAGGUACAAAAGAAAAAACUGCUCAAACUGAUGAAGGCAUAAAAGACAAAGUAAAUAUUGGUUCCAAUGUUGUUUCAAAUACAACUAAUAAAACCGGUGAUCAAAGUCAAGGUGGUACUGAGAAAGCUAAACAAUCAGGAGAAGAAUCAGUGGUGAAUAAAACUAGUGAAGAAUUAAAAUUACGUAAAAAUGCAACAAAUGAACUCUCGCCAAAUACAGGUGAGAAGACACAGCAAGUCUUAGAUUUGAAUAAAGAUAAAAAAACAGAACCAGAAAGCAAAAAAAGUCAGGAAAAUACAGAUAAUACUGAUAAUGAUGAAGAUAAUAAUAAUGACAAACAAUCAGAAAAUAAUGAACCAGUUGGACAAAUUCCAAAACCAGAUUUGUCGUCUAAAAAAGAUCAAGAAAAAGCUAUUGAUAAAACAAAAGAUGUUGGAGUAACAACAGAAAAUAAAACAUCGAAUCUUGCUAAUGAAGGUGAUGAUAAAUUAGCUUCAAAUAAAAAUAAUGAAUCUGGUAAUGAUUUUCUAUCUUUAACUAAUUUAAUGAAACAAUAUAACAUAUCACUUGCUGAAUUAAUUAAGUUAAUUAAAAAUAACAAAUUAAAUCUUGCUGAAAAUAGAACAGAUUCAUCUAUAAGCAAAACUACUUCUGCUGAUCCACUGAUUGAACGUAAAAAAGACAAUACUCUUGGUUUGCCUACAAGCACCUUUUCUACGCUGCGUACUGCAUCUUCUUCUUCAGCUAAAAUCUAUUCUCUCGAAAUCAAUCGACCUGAUAAAGAGAAAAACAAAGACAAAGAAACAAAUGAUGCUGAUGAAGUUAAACCAAAUGAUCGUACCGAUGAUCAAGAUGAAGAUGAACUUAAGAAAGAUGAAGAAGCUGAAAACCAAUUGAAAAAACAACAAGAAGACGCUGAUAAAGAUGAUUUUCAAGCAGUCGAUGAAAAUAAAGGAAAACCAGAUAAUGAACUCAAAUCACAAGAUGAUGAUGGCACCGAUAAUGAUCCUGAUCAACAGAUCGAGAAAGGAAAUCCAUCCAUCAACGAUGAAGAUGCAGAAUAUCAAGGCACUAAUGUGGGUCCAAAUGGAAUGAAAAUUAAAAAGCCAACUGAUGAAGAUAAAACUCAAUCUGUAGAGAAAUCUCCAGAAAAGAAUAUCAAGACUCCAGAUUUCGAAUCAUCUAAAUCACGAAUAAAACCAGUGCCAUCGCGAAAAUAUGAUGAUAAUGAUGGAUGGUCAGGCAGUUUUGUAACUUAUUUUCUUAUUUUUACUUUAUUUGUUGUUGUUGGUUAUUUGGUAUUACAUAAUAAGAACAAGUUAAUGGCAUAUGUUGUCGAAGGUCGUCGUUCUGGUGCAUCACGUACUGGUAGUCGUCCAUCUCAUCGUGGUUAUGAAAAAUUAAAAAAUGUUAAUGACAUUAUUCCUCUUGAUGAUACAAAUCCUUUGUCGGACAAAGAAGCUAUUAUUCUUAAAACUUGA